AUGUCCUCCAUGAGCUCCCGGCUUGGCAAGUUCACCUUUCGACGCGACAAAAAGCCCCAGCACCCCCCCGCCUUCCUCCUCCCCCAACCCCAACCCCCUCGUGGUCACCCCCUCCAACGGCACUUCUCCCACCUCGCCUCCUUCCCAGCGCAGCUCGUCGACGAUUUCCCCUCCAACCGUCCCACAAGUCCCAUGGUCCCCGGCCAACUCACCCAGCACCCCGCCCCACUCAACCCCAAUCCCAAUAUGCAGUACUCUGGGCACCAGCACCAGCAACCCAUGAACCCCCCUCCGGGAUACAGCAUGCAACCACCCCAACAAUCCAUCGGCCACCCCAUCCAACAGCAGAUGGGUCAGACCCAGUAUCGCAAUCCCGCCGUCGAGAUCGAAGGCGCCAAUCGCAACAAGGCCCAACUCAUCGUCGGCAUUGACUUCGGCACCACCUUCUCAGGUGUUGCGUUCGCGUUCGCAACGAACAACGAGGCCCGAGAAGAUAUCAUUACAGAAUGGCCAGGCGCAGGUACACAUACGAAACAGAAGAUUCCCACCGUCCUCUACUAUGAUCAGUACCAAAAAGUGGUAGGCUGGGGCCCCGACAUUGCCGAAGCGCUUGCACCAACCGGGUACCCGAAACCCGGUGUCCAGAAGUUGCGACAAGCCAUGCGCGCGCAACUGCAGAAGACGCUCGGGGAGGUGUUUACUCGCGAGGAGCGCAACAUCCGCUACUAUCUGACAGUGCCCGCGAUUUGGAAUGAUGCCGGCAAGGCGGCGACUCGUGCUGCCGCGAUCCAGGCCGGAUUCUUGCGCGAUGAGAAUGACAACCGCCUCACUCUGGUUUCAGAACCGGAGGCGGCUGCACUCUUCUGCGCGAAGACUGGUUUGCUGAACCUGAAGAUCGGCGAUGCCAUUCUGAUUGUUGACUGUGGGGGUGGUACUGUCGACCUGAUCGCCUACGAAGUCGAAGAGGAGCAACCGUUCAGUGUCAUGGAGUGUACUGCAGGAUCGGGAGAUUCGUGCGGUUCGACCGCACUCAAUCGCAAUUUCAGCAACAUUCUGCGGGCCAAGAUUCGAAAGAUGAAGCUCCCGGAUGGGUCACGUACGGCGGGCAAGGUAUACGCCAAGUGUAUCAUGGAUUUCGAGAAUCGGAUCAAGGCAGACUUCCGCAACAACGGGCAAAAAUGGGCCGUGGACGUGGGUAUCGAGGCGGACUUCCCUGACGCGGGCAUUGAGGAGGGUUACAUGACGUUCACCAAUGAGGAGAUUCUUCAGUGCUUCGAGCCUGUGGUGAACCGCAUUCUCGAGCUGGUUCGCAACCAAAUUAUUGCCAUUCAAGCACAGAACCGCUUGCUCCAGAAUGUUCUGGUUGUCGGCGGUUUCGGUGCCUCAGAGUACCUCUUCCAGCAGAUCAAGCUCCACGUCCCACCGCAAUAUCAGACUAAGGUUGUCCGUCCCAUGGACUCCGUCGCUGCUAUCGUCAAGGGUGCCGUGACCGCUGGUAUCACGGAACGAGUCAUUACCCACCGUGUCGCCCGUCGCCACUAUCUGAUGGCUACCCUUCAGCCCUUCAAGGAGGGAUACCACCCGGAGCAGUACCGGGUGCCCAGUCUGGACGGCCGGGACCGGUGCAAGUACACCCGUCAGAUCUUCGUGCAGAAGGGAGAGCGCGUCAAGAUCGGCGAGCCGGUCAAAGUCAGCUUCUUCCGUCAAGUGGCGCCUGGUGCAACGCUCAUGUACGAGGACGUGCUGUACGCCUGUGAUGAGGAUGUCUGCCCGGAGUACACCAAGGAUCCUCGCAUCAAGGAAGUUGUCACCCUCACCUCUGACCUCUCGCGCAAGAACCUCGAAACCGACUUCGAGCGCAUGGACACACCCCAGGGUAUCUUCUACCGAGUGUACUUUGAUAUCUACCUCACCCUAGACGGCAGCGAAUUCAGUGCCGAGCUGGUCUGCCAAAACGAGGUCAUGGGCCGCUGCCGUGCGAAGUUCCGGUAG